AUGGCUAGAGGUAGCAGCGCAGGGUUUGAUCGUCACAUUACAAUUUUUUCCCCAGAGGGAAGAUUAUACCAAGUUGAAUAUGCCUUCAAAGCAAUUAAUCAAGGGGGGCUAACUUCUGUUGGAUUGAAAGGUGAAGAAAUAGCAGUAGUAGCAACGCAAAAAAAAGUACCCGAUAAGUUACUCGAUGGAGGUACCAUGACACAUUUAUUUCAACUAACCUCAAACAUUGGGUGCGUCAUGACCGGUAUGAUAGCUGAUAGCAGGUCUCAGGUUCGUAGAGCUCGGUAUGAAGCUUCUAAUUGGAGAUACAAAAAUGGAAGAGAAAUACCGAUUGAUGCUUUAUGCAAGAGAAUUGCUGAUAUAUCUCAAAUUUACACUCAAAAUGCUGAAAUGAGGCCUUUAGGUUGCAGUAUGAUUUUAAUUGGAUAUGAUAGUGAAAUAGGACCAUGUGUCUACAAAGCUGACCCUGCUGGAUACUUUUGUGGAUACAGAGCUAUCAGUGUGGGAGCAAAACAAACUGAAGCAAAUAGUUAUUUAGAAAAGAAACUCAAAAAAAAGCAGUCUUUUAGUAAUGAUGAGGCUAUUCAAUUAGCUAUUUCAUGUCUCUCAACUGUUUUGUCAGUUGACUUUAAACCAUCUGAAAUUGAAGUUGGAAUUGUCACUAAGGAUAAUCCUUCUUUUACUGUUUUAUCUGAACAAGAAUUGGAUAAACAUUUAACUGCCAUUGCUGAAAAAGAUUAA